AUGAUCAUCCAGAGGAAAGGCGAGCUGGCGCUCCACCUGUCCGCCUUCGGCAGGGGCUUCGUGCUGCGCCUGGCGCCCGACGCCAGCUUCCUGGCGCCCGGCUUCAAGAUCCAGCACCUCGGGGAGCCCGGCGGGCCGGCCGGCGGCGAGGCGCGGCUGCGCGACUGCUUCUUCUCGGGCACGGUGGACGGCGAGCCGGGGUCGCUGGCGGCCGUGAGCCUGUGCCGCGGCCUGAGCGGCUCCUUCCUGCUAGCGGGCGAGGAGUUCACCAUCCAGCCGCAGGGCGCGGGGCGCUCGCUCAGCCAGCCGCACCGCCUGCUGCGCUGGGGGCCCCGCUCCGCCGACGGCCGCCCCCGCCCUCCGGCCCCCGAGUGGGAGGUGGAGAGGGGAGAGUGGCCGAGGCCGGGGAGAGACGACGACGAGCGCGAGGAGGAGGAAGAGGAGGAGGAGGAGGAGGAGGGCACCGACGAAGAGGAAGCAGACGGCGCCAGCGAGCUCCCACCUCCUCUGGGGGCCACGAGUAGAAGCAAGCGGUUUGUGUCCGAGGCUCGCUUCGUGGAGACGUUGCUGGUGGCCGAUGCGUCCAUGGCUGCCUUCUAUGGGGCCGACCUGCAGAACCACAUCCUGACGCUGAUGUCCGUGGCAGCCCGGAUCUACAAGCACCCCAGCAUCAAGAACGCCAUCAACCUGAUGGUGGUGAAGGUGCUGAUAGUGGAGGAUGAACAGUGGGGCCCAGAGGUGUCCGACAAUGGCGGCCUCACCCUGCGUAACUUCUGCAGCUGGCAGCGGCAUUUCAACCAGCCCAGCGACCGCCACCCAGAGCACUACGACACAGCUGUCCUGCUCACCAGACAGAACUUCUGCGGCAAGGAGGGCAUGUGUGACACCCUGGGUGUGGCGGACAUUGGUACAAUCUGUGACCCCAACAAGAGCUGCUCUGUGAUCGAGGACGAGGGGCUCCAGGCAGCCUACACGCUGGCCCAUGAGCUAGGGCACGUCCUCAGCAUGCCCCACGAUGACUCCAAGCCCUGCGAGCGGCUCUUCGGGCCCAUGGACAAGCACCACAUGAUGGCGCCACUCUUCGUCCACCUCAACAAGACCCUGCCCUGGUCUCCCUGCAGCGCCAUGUACAUCACAGAGUUCCUGGACAGCGGCCACGGAGACUGCCUCCUGGAUGCCCCCACCUCGCCGCUGCCCCUCCCGACAGACCUCCCGGGCCACAAGGCCCUCUAUACACUGGACCAACAGUGCAAGCAGAUCUUUGGGCCUGGCUUCCGCCACUGCCCCAACACCUCUGCACAGGACAUCUGCGCCCAGUUGUGGUGCCACGCCGAGGGCACUGAGCCCCUGUGCCACACCAAGAACGGCAGCCUGCCCUGGGUGGAUGGGACGCCCUGUGGGCCCGGGCACCGCUGCUGGGACGGCAGCUGUCUGCCAGAGGAGGAAGUGGAGAAGCCCCAGGCUGUGGUGCAUGGCACCUGGGCCCCAUGGGGACCCUGGGGAGAAUGUUCCCGCACCUGUGGAGGAGGAGUUCAGUUUUCCUACCGUGAGUGCAAGGACCCUGAGCCUCAGAACGGAGGAAGAUACUGCCUGGGUCAGAGAGCUAAGUACCGGUCAUGCCGCACAGAGGAGUGCCUGCCCAAUGGGAAAAGCUUCAGGGAGCAGCAGUGUGAGAAGUACAAUGCCUACAACUACACUGACAUGGAUGGGAAUCUCCUGCAGUGGGUCCCCAAGUACGCAGGGGUGUCGCCCCGGGACCGCUGCAAGCUGUUCUGCCGAGCCCGAGGGAGGAGCGAGUUCAAGGUGUUUGAGGCCAAAGUGAUCGACGGCACCCUCUGUGGGCCAGAGACGUUGGCCAUCUGUGUCCGUGGCCAGUGUGUCAAGGCUGGCUGUGACCACGUAGUGGACUCGCCCAGGAAGCUGGACAAGUGUGGGGUGUGUGGGGGCAAAGGCAACUCAUGCAGGAAGGUCUCUGGUUCACUCAACCCCUCCAAUUAUGGCUAUAAUGACAUCGUCACCAUCCCAGCUGGUGCCACGAACAUUGAUGUGAAACAGCGGAGCCUCCCUGGGGUGCAGAAUGACGGUAACUACCUGGCAGUGAAGACCUCCGAUGGGCGAUACCUGCUCAAUGGGAACCUGGCCAUCUCUGCCAUGGAACAGGACAUCUUGAUUAAGGGGACCAUCCUUAAGUACAGUGGCUCCAUUGCCACCCUGGAGCGGCUGCAGAGCUUCCAGCCCCUUCCUGAGACUCUGACUGUGCAGCUCCUGACAGUCCCCGGUGAACUCUUUCCCCCCAAAGUCAAGUACACCUUCUUCGUUCCUAAUGACGUGAACUUCAGCACGCAGAACAGCAAGGAGAAAGCCACCACCAAUAUCAUCCAGCCCCUGCUCAGUGCACAGUGGGUCCUGGGGGAGUGGUCUGAGUGCUCCAGGACCUGCGGGGCUGGCUGGCAGCAGCGGACUGUGGAGUGCUGGGACCCUACGGGCCAGGCGUCAGCCACCUGCAACAAGGCUCUUAAACCUGAGGAUACCAAGCCCUGUGGAAGCCACCCAUGCCCCCUGUGA